CGCUGCGCCGGGAAGUUGCGUUGUUUAGGACCAUGAGAGGCGCGCGGCUGAGUGCGGGCGUCCCUGUAGAGGAGGACAUGCGAAAGAGUAGUGGAGCGGCGCUCUCCUCCGCUGCGCGCUUCUCCCAGUGAUGCUGCCGCUCAAGUGUCGCGCGCCGAGGAGUCCCGACGCCCCGACGGGAGCAAGGCUCGACCAACGCACGUGAGGAUGAAGAUAAGAGUGUACCAAGGAGUUAGUGGCAUCAUCGUCGUCACCAUGGUUACCAGCAUCAUGCUGGUGUACAACAGUAGCUCUGGUGACACGUCAUCUUCCUCAGUGACACCAACGUCUUCCCACCUCGUGGAUGCUCCGGCUUCAUCUGUGAAAAAGCCAGAGGCGCCGCAGAGACAGAGCAAAGCAACGCUGGAAGGAUACGCAGGGGUCAUGGAUCAUAAGCCUCUGAGGAUGCACUGCGGGACCUGCGCCCUGGUGACCAGCUCCGGCCAGCUGAGCGGGAGGAGGCGGGGCGAGGAGAUCGACCGGCGCGACUGCGUCAUCCGGAUGAACGACGCUCCCAGCGUGGGCUUCCAGCAGGACGUUGGCAGGCGCACCAGCCUGCGCGUGGUGGCCCACUCCAGCCUGCAGAGAGUGAUGCGGAGCCGGCAGGAGCUGCUGAACGCCAGCCAGGACACCGUGUUCGUCUUCUGGGGCCCCAGCAGCUGCAUGAGGCGGGACGGAAAGGGCCACGUGUACAACAGCCUCAGGCUGCUGCAGCAGCUGCUGCCAAGGCUCCAGAUCUACAUCAUAUCCUGGAUGAAGAUGGCAAAGUUUGAUGAGCUGUUUAAAGAGGAGACGGGCAUCGAUAGGAAGCGGUCCAACUCCUGGCUGAGCACGGGCUGGUUCACCAUGGCCAUAGCCGUGGAGCUGUGCGACAGCAUCGACGUGUUCGGCAUGGUGCCGCCCGACUUCUGCAGAUCCUCCUCCCACCCCUCGCUGCCGUAUCAUUACUACGAGCCCCUGGGGCCGGACGAGUGCUCCAUGUAUCUGUCCCACGAGCGCAGCCGACGAGGAAGCCACCAUCGCUUCAUCACAGAGAAGACGGUGUUUGCCAACUGGGCCCGAACCCUUGAAAUCCACUUCCACCAGCCGGACUGGAAGCCGGCCGCCGCCGCCGCCGCCACCAACGCCUCAAAUGCACCGGCUCCAGCUGAAUCCUGAGACUCUCGCUGGAGGCGGGCGGGCGGAAUUCUGGGAAAUAUAUGUUGACAGUUUCCAGCAGACUCUCUCUCUCCGGCAAAUGUAAAUGUAUGAGACGCUAUGAGAGGAAGCUGCUGCUGCUGAGGCUGUGAGCUGACUGCACGAUGGGAUCGUUGCAUAAUAGCAACACAAAGAAGUGUAGCUGUAACAAGAUGAAUUUCAUAGUGUAAUCAAAGCCGCGGAGGCUUAACUGUGUUUUUAAUCAGCGUGGAGCUGCUUUAGUCGCACUCGAGCAACAACAACAGCGGCGAGACAGACACAACAAUUUCACAAAUCAGAAGUGUGUUUGAAUGGACUGAGGCGCAGAGGUCAUGAGGUUUUGUGUUAUCUCCAGGAUUAGGGGCUUAACUGUUCACACACAAAGGGGUUUGUCUGUUGUUGAGCUGAUUGUGAUAUUUUUAUUAUGAUUCUAAAUGUUUCAAGCAUCAGCGGCGGAUUGGACAAAAAGCAACGCAAACAUGAAUGCAAAUUCAUCAAACUUGAACAAGCCCAUUUCAUGAUACAGUAUUAGUCAAACGCAGCACGGAGAUCGGACAUGAAGGUAGAUGAGACUUAAACAGUGAAGGAGAAGCUAUAGUGGUACGAAGGCAGUUUAUUACCUUCUAAAUUAAACAUUUAACAAACUCAAAAGCCAAGUUAUCAGUAUUUUGUUCAGCAAAUACAUAAUGAAUUAUUUUGAAGAAUCAGACAAAAUUAAGGAAAAUUUAUUGCAAUGAUAUUAAACAGGGAAAAUCAACAAACUGUCACUUUACAUCAUCAAUAGAAAUAAAAUGUACAAAUAAAAUGUACAAUGUAUUACAAGUGUAAUAAAUGUAAAUGUUUUUUA